UAAGCCCACAUCAUGCAGUUAUCACUCAUCGUUGAAUGAUUCAAUCAAAAUCUCAAGUAAACACAUGGAGCAACCUAAUGCUCAGGAUAAAAGAAUGCCGUAAUGCUUGUAAGAACUUCGUCGUCCCGACGCAGGAGGGCGUCGCGGAGCGUCGUAAAUUCUCCCCAGGGUACUGCUGGAAGUCCUUCAGGGGCUGGUGGAAUAAAGUCGCGACGAGCCUCCGUAGCGACUGACAAACCAUUCCAGUUACCUCAAAAUAGUAUUCCCGGUGACGGUAUGGGCCGGCAACGAUCACCAAGAAGUAGCAUAGUACCAAAUAUAGCCCUCAAUGCUGAAGACGAUGAAGAACCAACUGGCAGGAGAUUUCUCCCAGACCCAGAGCUGUGCGCAUCAACACGUGGUUUGCUGCCGAAUUCCAACCGAAGCCCCAGGAACUCUCUCAUUCCCGAGGAGUACUGUAGAAGUCCUCGAGGUUCCCUCGUACCAGAUGCCGGACGAAGUCCAAGGAAUAGUUUGUUACCGGACGGUUCCAGGAGUCCAAGGCAUUCUCUCGUACCGGAUGGAGCUCAAAGUCCUCGAAAUCCAUAUGGCCCAGAAGGAUCCUUCAACCGAAGUCCUCGGGGCAGUCCCUUGCCCGGAGUAGCGAUUGGAGUGUCAAGAAAUAGUCUUAUGCCUGACAAUGGGGACAUCAGAAGCUCCCGAUACUCCCUCGUACCAGACACUUCGAGAAGCCCGCGUGGUAGUAUCGUAAAUAUUGAAUUUGACAGAACACCUAGAGGUUCAUUAUGCCCAGAAAUUUCGAGAUCACCACGAGGCAGUAUAGUUCCACCCAUUGAUAUUGAUAGAACACCGCGUGGCUCAAUAUGCCCCGACAUAUCUUCGAACAGAUCACCAAGAGGAUCUAUUUCUUCGGAAUAUCAUAAUCCAAGUCCAAGGGGUUCCAUUAUGCCUGAGCCAAAUCGCUCCCCGAGAGGAUCAAUAUGUCUCGAGGGUAGACGUAGUCCGCCUGGUUGCAUUUCACCUUUUGAAGGUACCAAUAGAACACCAAGAGGAUCCAUAGGUGUUCCGGAUUUUGAUAGAAAUCUUCGGGAGUCCGGUGGAGAACAGGAAGGCAUCAAUCGCAGCCCAAGGGGCAGUAUUGGUCCUGGCAUUGAUCGGAGUCCUAGGGGCAGUCUCGGAGGAUACGAGAAGCGCAAUCACCGAGGAAAUAGUCUCACACCUCAGGAGCCCCGGAGAGCCUCAGCUGAUCAAGGAUUAGCAGUGAAUCGCAGUAGCUCUCCGUAUCGACAGAGGGAUGGAAAUUCGACUAGUGUCAGAUCUGGUGGGAAUCAAAAUGUUCAGACAAAUCUCGGAUAUGGGACAAAUGCAUGGGCAGAAUCCAGACGAGCCAGCAGUUCGGUUUCACAGUUUUCAGGUGAUGAGUCUCGGAGACUUUGUAUGAGGAGUGUAGUAUCAACCGAAAAAGGAGCAUGCAGCGCUAGUCUGGGAGUUGCCACAUACGGUUCACUUGUCUUUCAAUUGAAAGAAUCUCACCGAGAAGCGAGUGGAACCUGUGACUUUGUUCUCAAAGCCAUGAGGGUGGUUAGCAAAACAAUGGUGGUGACAAUUUGUCUGGUGUGUCUCUCUACAGUGCCUCUUCUGAUGCUCAUUAUGGGUUUACAAUAUAUAAAGGAUUGUCCGAAGGAGCCACAUAUCCCUGUCUACAUGAUAGUGGGAGGUACACUGGGCAGCGUAAGAAUGUUCUGGGCGUUAUAUUCUCAGAUACGCUCUCGACGUCUUGAAAACACCAUCACCCCUCCUGAAAAUUCUCAUAUAUCACCGAUGCAAUUGGUGUCUAUAACUCUCACGCUCUUCCUAACUGGCUGGUUUGUAUUAGGUAAUUAUUGGAUUCUGAAAAUCAAAUGGCCAGAGUACACAUGGAAUAUGUAUGAGCCCGACCGGUGGUGUCACAAGACGUUAUAUGUGUUUGCCAUCACUCAUCUUGGAAUCAUCUAUGCUGCUAUUGGAAUGCUUGUCGUCACAGCUAUCGGUUUAGCCUUUUGUAGAGUUCUUGCGUGUCCUUGGUUUGAAAGGUACAAAUAACCACGGCGAUCUGCUCGACUCAAGGAAUAUAUUGAUGAACAUAUUAUAACUGGUAGCUCUUCAAGGCGUCAAAAACGAGUAUCCCUGGACAGUAAAAUUCUUGAAGACGUCAAUGAAGAUGAUGAAGAGGAAGUGGAUCGCAAUUCGGCGGCUGAGAAAUUCUGUACCAGAGUGCAGUUUCGUGCACCCGAUAUCAUCGAAUUGUAACUAUCAUCCUCAAAUAUUCAUAUAUUAUCUGUACAUGAUUUUAAAUGUCACCUAUUGGAGGAGAUCGCAGGAUUUCCGCAGAAUUUUUCCAGGAUAGGUGAGUUAGUAACAUAAUUUUAUAGUUGAUGUACGGAGAUAAUUUUUUUUACACUUGACAUAAAAAAAUAUAUUACCAAUAAUAUAAUCUUUUCCGCCAGAAUCAAUGAAGGCUUAUUUCUAUAAAUUUUGUCAUAGCGUACAAAUUUUACGUUGUGCAAAAUUCAUUUCUACAGGUAAUAGUAUUCCUCUAUUCGUUUAAAGCCCAUGAUUAUUCUGCGAGGCAACUCUUGGGACUGAUUUUACGCUUAUUUCUGGAAAGUUCAUAGAUAUAUGGUCGACAUUUAGAUAUUCCAAUAAAAAGGUAAUGGUCGCUGAAGUCUUAAUAAAUCUUCGAUUAUGGAAUUUUCGAUCGAAAGUUGAAAAAGCGCAAGAGAAUAUUUAUAUGGCAUCAUCGUUUUCCAAAUGAGAAAACUUUUCGUAUUCGGAGUUAUAGCUUUUCACUAUCGAUCUUUUUCGAUAUAACUUUCUACUAAUAUUGAUACCGGCGCAUCACAUUUUUGCCGUUAUUCAACGGUUACGUUGCUCAAACUUCCAAAUUGAGAAAAAAUAAUAAAUAAAAAAUAAAAAAAAGAAAUUGAGAAAGAUAGUAAAGAUAGAUUGGAUAAAUAUAGGUAUUAGGAAGGAUAGGAAAGGGUAGAGCAAAAUAGUACGGCCAAGGAAAACGGGCUGGUAAAAUUCUUUGUUUUUUUAAAGAAAUUAUAUUUUGAAAAAUAGAUUCCUAUUUCACGUCCAACCCUCUUCUACGAGAUUACCCAAAUUUGCAUAUGAUUAUUUAUUAUGUAGAAAGAGGACUAUAAAUGUCCGAAUGAAUUGUGAAAAGGUAAGAGUCACUUCUAAUAUUCGCAUAUUGUCCUAUUGCACUAAGAAAGAGUCAAUGAUACAUAUUCUAUCGGAGGAUCAUCGGGUUGAUUCACUGUUACAAUAACCAACGAUUAUUAAAUUUAAUUGUCCAUAAUCCAAAGGUACAUAAUCUACAAUUUCUCAUUUUAUACGGACUUGACCAAAGUAUCUAUCCAAUUUGCAUGUAGAACAUGCAUUAUACUUUUAAAGAAAAAUUGUAUAGCUUUGGCUCCAUAUUAUUGAUUCAAUUAGUUGUUAAUAUAAUUUUCAUAAAAUCUUUUUUCUUAGUUGCACUUAACAAAGGUAAAACAAUUCGAACACGAAUCCUCAUUUCGCAUAGUAGUGACAGUAAAUUUCUUUUAAUAUUUUAGGAAUAUUUCAGGUCUUCAAAUUCGAGGCGAUAAAAAUUCAAUGACCAAAGAAUCAGAAAGUAUCAGAGUAAUUCUUUGAGAUUGCUGUUCUUUAAGUUUAAUUCUGAAGUGAAAUGAAAUGCAAUAUCGUUCUAAAGAGAAGGGCCUUUUCAUUAUAAUCGGUGAUGAUAAUGAUAAUCAUCAAGCAAUUUUUCUCAUUUUUUUCGUUGAUUUUUUUUUUCAACGAAGGAAACUUUUAUUUUGAAGAUCUCCACAAAUGUCCACAAAUGUUUCGAGUUCAAAUUCCAGUUACAGAACUUUAGGCAAUCUGUCCAAACAAUCGAUUCGCGCCGCUGGCUUCAAGCUAUUUGGUUGCUCUAUUCAACGCUGAGGGGGAAAAUUAGAAACGAAGUUUUAAGGAAUGACUAUAUAAUGAGUAAACUUCUCAAUUGAUCCGAGCAUUCAGUUUCUUAAGAAAUUUAUUCAUCAAUUUACAAAAACCCGAAUGUAGUCAAUUUACUUUCCUAAUUGGAGAUUAAAUUUUUCUCAGGAUCAGCUAAAAACGAUAUUGCGAAUGCUGCAAUUGCGUUAUUGGAUAUUUCAGGGCAAAUGAAUUGAUAAAAUGCAAAAUGCAAAAUCGUUGCACCAGUAUGGAAAAUUUGACAGCUCCAUUUUCUCAUGUUAUCAGAUUAAAAAAGAGUGAAUAAUGAAUGCCUAAGUAGAGUUCCACGCGUUUGGGAAAUUGUACAGUUUUGAAUCAGAAUAAUUAAAAUAAUAAUACAAUAAAUAUAUAAAGUAUUAUAGAAACUACCAGAAAUCAAUGGGUUGAAUGUAAAGAAUACUAAAAUCCAAGAGGUGCUAAUAUAAUUAAUAGAAAUAAUAAAAUAUGGCCCAAUGCUUACCAUUUCUUAAAAUUGCAUCGUUUGAAUCGGUAUGUAAAAAAUCUUCAACGAAUAACUAAUGUAUUGGAAAAUUAUAUAAUUAAAUGACGUUAUCAAAUGGUUAACGCCAUAGGUGAUUUUCAUAAAUAUAGAGAAUUUCCUUAUUUUUAUACGAAAAAAGUUAACAACCUACGAAUUGUUGACGCAAAAUUAAGAAUUAUUUUAAAACCUAUUUUUAUUUUUCCCGAACCUUCCAGAGAGAUGCAUAACUCCGUACUAGGAUUAAUUCUUAUUUCUUAAAGGGGACAGAUGUACGCCAAUAAGUGAGUGUUUAGAAAAAAUUUAUUAAUGUCACACUUACUCUCAAUUAUAAGGGUAAAGUAAGAACAACAAUGGAGCAUAAGAAAAUAAAAUUAGAAGUCGAAUGGGUAGCCCGUGGAUGAAACUUUAGGUGAAGUAUUCAACGGGCUUAAUGAUAUUUAUGGUCUGGGCUUUAACUGUACUAUGGUAAUUUAUGGCAAAUCAGUGCUCCUUUCAAAUAUGAACUACUAUGUACUACUGAUUUCUCAAAUAUCUCAAUGCGCUCAACUAUGCACUGAAAAUUCCAUUGGAAUGCAAAAUUUGAUGUGUAGAAUGAUGUCAUUCCAAAAAGAAAAUUAUUCUAGUCUUCGACCAAGCAUGAACCAAAAGUUGGCGUCUCAACAAAAAAUAAAAAAAGCAAGUUUAGUUUGGUAUUAGCUUUGAUUUGUAUGUAUGUCUAUAUACAUUUUAGCAAUUUGAUAUUCUUUUUGGCGAAUGGAGGUUGGGAUCAAAUGAUAGCCUGCACUGGUGAAUGGCCUAUGCACCAAGAGAAAAAAAUUCACCAAUGUUACAAAUAAUAUUUCUCAAUUUGGAUAUCUUCUUUUAUCAUUGACACUAUAACAUGCCAUUCAUUUUUAUGCCAUCUUAAGAUUUGCGAAUGCCACAAAUUUCGUAUAAAUUUCGAAAUUUCCAUUUUCUGUCAAUACUUCAUGAUUAUUUCAUGAUUUAAUGUAUGUUAUUCGUAUUAGCCGUCCGUACAUACACGUAUACUCCAAAAUAUAAAAUAGAAUCAUAUAUAAGGGGGAAAAAAUAGUUUUUUUACGAGUACGAGGAUUACAGACUGAGCUAGAAGCAACGGCUGUAAUUACACUCGUCAGGAAGUAAUUUUUUUCACACGUAUCGUGCAAAAUUUUGUCAUACUAGUGAGAAAAAUAUACUUUUCUAUGCUUAAAAAAUGCCCUUUUUCCAACUUGUAUUCCAAAAACUAUAAUCUAUCAUUAAAAGUGAGGUGAAAAGAAUACCAACUAACCAUCCUAAAUUCAUGGAUUGGGUCCAAUGGGCGAUCUUUCCGUUAUUUCGCCAUAAAAGUCUCACAAGCACAAUUUUACCUUGAUGUAUUGCGAAUUGAAUUUCAGAUAUUUUUCGCUGAAUAAAAAAUCAAUUAAAUUACAAAAUCUCCAAAAACCCAAAUCGUCACUUGAAAUUGGAUUAAUUUUAUUUUCACAUCACUUACCAAUUAUUUAUCUUACUUCAGAAUUAGUAUUCCAUGCUGUAUCCAACUACUUAUCCCAAUAAGAAAACCAAAAAUCAACAAUAAUAUUUAAAUUUAAGUGUAUCAAUGUUGAACAAUCAACGUGCGUUGUGAAUAGAGUGAAUAAUUGAAUUCACAUAAAAAUGUGUACCGCAACCCAAAGACCUGAAUAUUCAUGUACUCUUAACAUUUAUUGAAUUAUUAUGAGUGGUUCGGAAGAUGUGAUUAUAAAACAAUGACAAAUUAUUCAAGAUAGCCGAAUGUACUGGGACCUGUUUGUAUCUCAAAUACGGCCCAUGAAUGCAACAAAUAUAAAUUAACCAUACAGUUAUCGUA